AUGAAGGUUGGACAGGAAGUCAACUUUUUAGCAGGCCAGAUCUUCAUGGUGGGAGUGGCGGCUGUGGCCGUGCUUCCACGAGUUCCGUCAGACACAUCCUCUCGCAGCAUCGGAGGGAGGUUGUCGCUGCCAUUUCGGCGCGCUUUGCUAUUCCUGGCAAUCGUUGGUCUCGUCCGAACGCUCUCGUGCCACUUGCUGUUGGCCCAUAGGAGCGAGACGAUGCUGUUGAAAGUUGCCGACGCCGUGCUCGGGACCAUUCAAGUCGUGGGCCAGAACUUUCUCUGUUUGACCACUGCCUACAUUCUCCAGUGCCAACUGGAAACCGUCAUCAACAUCGACGGCGGCAGUCCUGGUCGAUCCCUCAUGCCAUUUCUCAUGGCUAUUUUUGUGCUGACCGUGGCCGGGUCGCUCCUUGCGGCCUUUGUCCAUCCAUACUGGUUCUUUCUCGUCAACAUGGCAGAAGCACUGUCCUGCCGACCAGUGGUCAAGACACUCCAGACUUAUGCCGCUGUAACCACUCCCCAAAAGUCAAAUAAUAAUGACAACAAUAAUCGAAAACCACAAGGACCUAUUUUGGUCCAGGUACUAUUGGUGGUGGAGAAAUGGUUCCUGACGACAGCAUUGCUAUCGUGUCUGGCAGAGUUUGUGGCUAUGGGUCAGCACGGUGAUGAUGUAUUCUUGCAAGAGGGUGACGCUGGUACUGGUGGCGUUUCCUUUGCCCUGCAGCUGUUGCUACAAGCCAUUCGCACCAACCAAGACAAUGGCAUUGAUGACUGGACUCGGUUACUUCUGCACUCGGUAUUUCUGAAUUCCAUUGAUGAACUGGAGCAUUUCACCGGUGGGAUUUCGUCGGGGCCAUCCACAGCUGCUGCAUCCGAUACUAACAACAGCCAGGGCGGGUCUAGUUCAAACAACAGGGAAUCCACGACGACGACGACGACGACACUCGUGCCUACCAUGGGGCUGCGGCAACGAGGUUGA